AUUCCUUUCUGUUUUGACAGCUUGAAGGUCCAUGUGUUUUGCAAAUUCAAAAAAUUCGCAAUGUUGCUGCACCAAAGGACAACGAAGAAUCUCAGGCUGCACCAAGAAUGCUGCGUUUGCAGAUGACUGAUGGGCAUAUAAGUUGCACAGCUGUGGAAUUUAGUUAUAUGUCAAAAAUAAGCCUGAAUACACCACCUGGAACUAAAGUGAAGCUCUCAGGCAUUGUGGAUAUAAAAAAUGGAUUCCUGCUCUUGAAUGACUCUAACACCACAGUUCUUGGUGGUGAAGUAGAACACCUUAUUGAGAAAUGGGAGUUACAGAGAAGCUUGUCAAAACACAAUAGAAGUAAUAUUGGAACUGAAGGUGGACCCCCUCCUUUUGUGCCUUUUGGACAGAAGUGCAUAUCUCAUGUCCAAGUGGAUACUAGAGAACUUGACCGAAGAAAGACAUUGCAAGUUACAAUGCCUGUUAAACCGACAAAUGAUAAUGAUGAAUUCGAAAAGCAAAGGACUGCUGCUAUUGCGGAAGUUGCAAAGAGCAAAGAAACCAAGACAUUUGGAGGUGGUGGUGGUGGUGCUAGAAGUAAUCUCAACAUGAGUGCUGCUGGUAACCGAAAUAGAGAAAUUUUACAAAAAGAAAAGUCAACCAAAUCUGAGGGGAAACAUGAAGGUGUCUAUAGAGAACUGGUUGAUGAGAAGGCUCUGAAACACAUAACAGAAAUGGGCUUCAGUAAAGAAGCAUCAAGGCAAGCUCUUAUGGAUAAUGGCAACAACUUAGAAGCAGCACUGAAUGUACUUCUUAACAGCAAUAAACACAAACCUGUUACAGGACCACCUCUGAGAGGUAAAGGAAAAGGCAGGGGGAGAAUAAGAUCUGAAGAAGAAGAGGAACUGGGAAAUGCAAGGCCAUCAGCACCAAGCACACUAUUUGAUUUCCUGGAGUCUAAAAUGGGGACAUUGAGUGUGGAAGAACCUAAAUCACAGCUGCAGCAGUUUCAUCAGGGACAACACAGAUUGUCACAUACUGAGCAAAAUGGAGUCAAAGAUAAUAAUCAACCAAGAUAUCUUCCUCGAAAUGAUACCAGACAGCCAAGAAAUGAGAAACCUCCUCGUUUUCAAAGAGACACCCAAAAUUCAAAGUCAAUUUUAGAAGGCAGUGGAUUACCUAGAAACAGAGGUUCUGAAAGACCAAGUACUUCUUCAGGAUCUGAAGUAUGGACUGAAGAGAGAAUCAAGUGUGAAAGACCCUAUUCUAGAUAUGACAGAACUAAAGAUACUUCAUACCCUUUAAGUUCUCAGCACAAUGAUGGUGCUUUUAAAAAAAGGGAUAACUCCAUGCAAAGCAGAUCAGGAAAAGGUCCGUCCUAUGCAGAGGCAAAAGAAAAUCCACUUCCUCAAGAAUCCGCUGAUUAUAAUAAUCAAAAACGUGGGAAAAGAGAAAACCAAACAGCAAAUCCUGAUCAUUUUUAUGACAGGAAACCACGAACAAUAAAUAACGAAACUUUCAGUGGUGUAAAAAUUGAAAAACAUUUUAAUGUAAAUACUGAUUUCCAGAAUCCUGUCCGAACUAAUAGUUUCAUUGGUGUUCCAAAUGGAGAGACAGACAUGCCACUGAAGGGCAGGCGAGUAGGACCUAUUAAGCCAGCAGGACCCAUCACAGCUACACCCUAUGAUGAUAAAGUAUUUUACAAUAGUGGGCCCAAAAGAAGAUCUGGGCCAAUUAAACCAGAAAAAGUACUAGAAUCAUCUAUUCCUAUGGAGUAUGCAAAAUUGUGGAAACCUGGAGAUGAAUGUUUUGCACUUUAUUGGGAAGACAACAAGUUUUACCGAGCAGAAGUUGAAGCUCUCCAUUCUUCAGGUAUGACAGCUGUUGUUAAAUUCAUUGAUUAUGGAAACUAUGAAGAGGUGCUACUAAGCAACAUCAGGCCCAUUCAGACAGAGGCAUGGGGUGGCCAUAACUGAUGAGCACAUUUGUCAUUCCUCACUGUAGCUCUUCCAUUGAAAGGUGUUUGGUACUGAGUGAUCAUUUUCUUUCUACAGCCAGUGACUUUUCCUUUCCCCCACUUAAUAGUCCUCAUUGUUUUAUCAUUGAUUUUAAGUCCAUGUAAAUUUAGCUGGACAAUAACUUUAUCAGAUGUCACAGCCCAUGUAGCGAUUCUGAACCACAACAUUACUUUCAUAUUCUUUCUACCAAUUUGUGAAUAUUCAUCUAUGCUUUAUUCUAUUUUUUUACCUAUUUACUUUUUUGCAGUCAACUUAAAAAUCUUUUAUAAGAUCCCUCAACUAUUUUACAGAAAGAAGCAGGAUAGAAUCACUAAGUGUUUGGAUAUUCUGGUUUUUUUUCUCCUGUGAUUAUUGAUAUUUUAUGAUUUUACAUAAAUUAAUAUAACAGAUAUUUUUGGAUCAUGAACAUUGUUAUUGGGGACCAGAUCAUUCUUCUUUAUCUGCCUGAAUAACUGAGUUUGUAGAAGCAUCUCCUUGACAUGCAGAAGCCACCAGCUUAACAGAUCUUCAUUCAUCUCCAUUUUAAAAAAAUACAUAUGUGCCUUUAUCCAUAAAAAGCCCCUGAAGAAAAAGAUUGCAUGCAGUUGUCAAUACAUUUAAUGUAGAGUUAGUGUUGAGUUCUCUUGGCCUCCAAGAGUAUUAAUGUUGGAGUCUAUGAGUACUUUUUCUUUUUGUAACUGGAAUUGUGCCAAGUUUAAAUUAAUCAAAAGCAAACAUUCACUAGAUCAAUAAGAAGAUAAUUCUAAUUGGUAAGUCCCACUAGAAAAGUUAAAGGGCUGCAAAGGUACAGUGAAGUUUUUAGAAGCUUUAGCAUAGUUGUUCAAUCACACCAUGGAUUGUGUAAUUUUUAAUUUUUAACUCUUGCACUAUUUGUAAUUGUGAAAUUAUAUUGUAUCUUUUAUUAAGGUGUUUGUUAUUGGUGUAAGAUUUUGGAAGAACCUCGUUUUCCUAAAUGUAGCAGUUAUCGUUCAUUGAAGAGUUUUCUAAUACUUUGCAGGAAAACAACCCAAAAACCUGCAUAUAAACCAAAAGCUUUUGAAGAAAUCAGUUGCCUGUAUUGUCUCUUAAAGACAUAAGGAUAAAUCAUUAAAUAAAAAGCAUGAAAUAUGAAGAGACCCAGUGACUAAGUUAAUAGUCUCUUGUAUGGAAAAUUAAAAUAAAAAUCAAUUUGAUACUUUAAGGGUUAAUGUUUUUUUCGUGAGGUUUAGGAAUUAUUCACCUUUGCUCUGUAAGCUAAAUACUUAUUUUCCCUUUCCAUUUGGACUCAUUAUUUUACUUCCAGAACAUACUGAGUGAUGGUAUUUUAGAUGGUGAAAAUAUAUGCUCUGGUUAUGAUUAAAUACUUUAUUUCCUCCAAAAUGAUUCAGUAAACUUUUUGGUAAGUCAUCCUGAUUUUUUUGUGUUCUAGCUAGAUUUCACUGGUUCUUUUAGCUGUUGUUAAGUAUUCUCUUUUAAUUUUAGUGUCUUUAUUAUAGUGAACUCUCUAACUAUCCCACAUAGUGUGGGGUUCAUAACUUAUUCUUAACUGGAUAAAUGCUCUCACUUUUUCCCCCCAAUGUUCUUUAAACAUUGUAUGAUUUUCCUUAAUUUUCCAAAGUAAAUGAAGCAUUAGGGAGUUUCUUAUUAUUUGUAAAAUUAUAUAGGGAGAAAAGUGUAAUAUUAUUUUCUAUUGCUGAUGAUUGUAUGAGAAAAACAUUAGGACCAGAGCAAACUGCUAUUUGUGUUUCCUGCAGGCCCUUUCCAAAUUGGUUCCUUUUAACUCUAAAACUAAUACCGGGAAACCAGUAAAAAGAUGCCACAGGCAAUUUGGAAUUACUUUAAAAUACCCUGGCGCUGCUGCUGAGACAAACCUUUUGUGUUUUUAGAGUAGUUGCUUCUGAAUUGCUUUCCUAAGCCUGGAGAGACACUUGUCAAGUCUUGAUUUUCCAGGUAUUUUUAUGACCUGGAUUCUAUGGAGGCUUUUAUAUCCCAAGAAAUGUUUUAGAACUUGUUGGUUUCUAAACUUCUUUUUUUAAAUAAAUUCAUAGUACUUGUUUCUUAAUAUCAGGAAAAGGUCUUGUUCAGCUGUUGUUCCGAUGAAAAUAAUUGUGAUUAUGUAGAUAAUGCUUAGUUCUAAGGCCUUAGCAUACGCACCACCUUGGGCAUUAAUUCUGGACAGAUGGAUUGUUAUCAUCUUUUAGAUGAUCAUCCUGUUUUAAAUAUUUUUCUGUAUUCAUCUAUUCAACAAAUAUUCAUUAUACGUCUAUUAGAUGUCAGGCACUGCUGUAGGUGAGGGGUAUAGGUUAGUGCACAAAACACACAAAAAUCCCUGUGCACUGCACAAAGUUAGAAGAAAGUUAUAGUUCCAGUUAUGUGAAACAAACUUAUAUAUCUCAUGAGGGUCUUUUUUCUUUCUUCUUGAAGCUUUAAGAUAAAAUACAAGUGGAAAAAAUCUUGUUUACUGAAGUUGUAAUUUAAGUAAUGUUUAGGUCUUUAUUCCACCUUAGUUUGAAGAUAAAAUUAAUGUGGAAGAAAAAAGUAUGACUAAAUGAAUUUUAUCUCUUUUAAAAGUUCUUAUCUAUUUAAAAAGGAAAAUUUGUUUUUAGGAGGGUUUGGGUUCUUUUUU